AUGAUGGGCAUCCCAGGCCUGGAAGCCCUUCACCACUGGAUCUCCAUCCCUUUCUGUGCACUGUACCUUAUUGCUCUCUUGGGAAACUGCAUGAUUUUAUUCAUCAUAAAGAAGACCCAAAGUCUUCACGAGCCAAUGUACUACUUCCUCUCCAUGCUGGCAUUCACUGACCUGGGCUUGGUUCUAUGUACACUGCCUACUACUCUGGGCAUUUUUUGGUUUAAUAUGCGAAGGAUUGGGUUCGAUGCUUGCCUUACUCAGAUGUACUUCAUCCACAUACUGUCCUUCAUCGAAUCCUCUGUGCUCCUGGCAAUGGCAUUUGACCGCUUCAUUGCCAUCUCCCAUCCAUUGAGACACUCAUCCAUACUGACCAAGAUGACUGUCAUGAAAAUAGGUCUGGCAAUUAUACUGAGAGGUAUGGUCUCCCUCCUUCCCAUACCCUUCUUGCUCAAGAGACUAAGCUAUUGCAGGAAGACUGAGCUGUCUCAUUCUUUUUGUUUCCAUCCUGAUAUCAUGAACCUAGCAUGCACAGAUAUAAAAGUCAAUGUCUUCUACGGUAUGAUCAUUCUUUUAUCAACGGUGGGGAUGGACUUCAUCUUCAUUGUGCUGUCCUACAUCCUGAUCAUUAAAACUGUCAUCGGCCUUGCAACCAAGGAGGAGUGUCUCAAGGCUUUGAAUACCUGUGUCUCCCACAUCUGUGCUGUUCUAGUGUUCUUCAUCCCGAUGAUCGGACUAUCCAUGAUCCAUCGCUUUGGAAAGAACGUUCCACCUCUGGUUAACACUUUGGUGGCCUACACCUACCUUAUAAUUCCCCCUGCUCUCAACCCCAUUAUCUACAGCAUAAAAUCCAGCCACAUCCGUGAGGCUUUGCUCAGGGCACUGCGGAGAAAGAGUGAAUCUGACUGGUAG